UAGUCCAUGUGUGACAUCCCAGUUAGACAGGCCACCCUGUGGAGUAGGUUCAUUGUGAUGAUGGGAGGGGUCUGAAGUCAAGCUAACAUCCCAUUAUGGGAAAUGUGUGGCCAAAGCAGUUUAUAAAUUCCUACCCAUGUUUACACCUAGCCCAAAAUCUGAUCGAUUCUAAUGUUUUCAUCACCGUACAAAGGAAACGUCUACUCUACUUCUGUCGUGUUUGGAGCUUUGUCAGACAAACGGGCGCCAGACGCACAAUACAUGGACGUAGCCUCCAAAUUUCUCUCAUAUAAGUCAGGGUCUUCGUAGAUGUUAUCUGGGUUGUAGAGUGUUUAGUAGAAUUAUUUCUCUUGGACGUUUUCUGGGGCACCAGCACUCAUGUAUAGCAGCGGCUACUCCCAGGUGUCCAAGGCCGGACCGCAGGGCCAAAAGAAGAUGCAGUACCGAUCAAAAGGCAAGAGCUGUGGUUACUAUUUGAGGAUCAUCUUCUUCUUCUCUUCGCUGAUUCAAUCGCUCAUCAUAGUCAGCCUGGUUCUCUUCUUGGUAUAUGGCAAGACACAAGAUUCUGCUUCAACAGCACGCAUACAGGACUUGGAGGAGAGCUUCAGUCGACUGUCUAUUGAAAAUGUUGCCCUCAGGCAACAAAGGAGGAACCUGACAACCUUACUCAAUGUCACCGUUACCGAGAAAGCCCGCAAUGACUGGGACCUGCUGAGACUUAAACACUGGUCAAACACCUCUGCAAAUUUUAUUCAAGACUUGGAUAGGAGACUGACACAGACAAAUAUGGAACUGAUGAUGUGCAAAAACCAGCUACGCUUUCCUCAAAAUUGCCCACAAGUUGUGCCAAGACUGGUUUCUCCGAGUGGAGGUUGUAACUGUGGGCUGCAGAUGGAGCGGGUGAUUGCUAGACUGGAACUUGUUGAGUCCAACUUUACACAAACAACACAAAAGAUGAAGUUGGAAAUGGACCAGAUUGUAAAAGACAGGGACAACCUUAACCUGGAAGCUAUCCAUCUAAGAAGGGAAAAGUCUGUUCAUGUAAAAGAGAUUGAGUUUUGCCAGAAAAGCUGCAAAGAAGACUUUGUUCAUUCCUUGAGUGGCGUCUCCAAUGUCUCGAGAGCCUUUAUAUUGAAGAUUGAAUCUCUCUUCCCGACCCACAUUGCCUUCCAACUCACCUGCGAGAAACAGAGAGAGCACCUGGAGCAGAUCCGAACCAACUGCACCACUCUGUCUAGAGAGGUGGGAGACAGGUUCCAAAACUAUUUAAAUAAUGUUGGUGACCAAAUGUCUGAGAUCCAAUCUGAGAACAGUCGCUUGAAAGCUGAGAACCUGCGACGGUCUGAUGAUUAUCGCGUGUGCAGUACAAACCGCACAGGUCUGAUCCUCGAGCACAGACAAACCUUAGAGAAGCUACAACUGAAACAUGACAAGGACUACGAGAGACUUCUGUUGGACAAAAGGAGGCUCAGUGGAGAUAUUGAGGUCCUGGAAAAUAGCGUCAAUUACAAAAAUAAAGAAGUUCAACACCUUACAGAACAACUCAAGCAACUCAACAUGUCCUGCAUGGCUAGGACUGGAUCUGGUGGAUUUCUGGGAGCUGGCAUGGGACAGUUUGGGAGGGGAAAUUCGGAGAGUCUCGGCUCUACUAACACAGGAUUAAACAGAUUUGGAUCAACUGGAUUAGGCUCCCCAAAUUUUGGUUCAACUAGUUUCGGUUCAAAUAAACCAGGAUCGACAGGGUUAGCCUCAUCCAGUCUCGCUUCGAGUGGGUCAGGUUUAAACAAAUUCGGAUCAACUGGAUCGGGCUCUUUAAGUACGGGUUUAAGCUCUUCGAGUCUCGGUUCAAGUACGUCAAGUUUGAACAAAUUAGGAUCUACUGGAUUGGGCUCCUCAAAUACAGGGUUGGGCUCUUCUAGUUUAAGUUCAACUGGGUCAGGAUUAAACAAAUUGGGAUCAACAGGGUUGGGCUCUUCGAGUCUCGGUUCAUCUAGUUCAGGAUUAAACAAACUAGGAUCGACAGGGUUGGGCUCUUCGAGUCUCGGUUCAUCUAGUUCAGGAUUGAACAAACUGGGAUCGACAGGGUUGGGCUCUUCGAGUCUCGGUUCAUCUAGUUCAGGAUUAAACAAACUGGGAUCGUCAGGAUUGGGCUCUUCGAAUCUCGGUUCAUCUAGUUCAGGAUUAAACAAACUAGGAUCGACAGGGUUGGGCUCUUCAAGUCUUGGUUCAUCUAGUUCAGGAUUAAACAAAUUAGGAUCGACAGGGUUGGGCUCUUCGAGUCUUGGUUCAUCUAGUUCAGGAUUAAACAAACUAGGAUCGACAGGGUUGGGCUCUUCGAGUCUUGGUUCAUCUAGUUCAGGAUUAAAUAAACUAGGAUCAACUGGUUUAGUGUCUUCAAGUCUAGGUUCAACUGGGUCAGGAACAAACAAACUUGGAUCAACAGGUUUGGGCUCUACGAGCCUUGGGUCAACUGGGUUGGGAUCAAACAAAUUAGGAUCAACUGGAUUGGGCUCUUCAAGCCUUGGGUCAGCUGGGUCAGGAUUAAACAAAUUUGGAUCAAAUGGUUUGGGUUCCUCGAGUCUUGGCUCAACUGGGUCAGGAUUAAACAAACCAGACUCAACAGGGUUAGUUUCAUCUAGUUUUGGAUCUACUGGGCUAGGAUUAAACAAGCAAGGGUCAACUGGUUUGGGUAGUUUGGGUCUUGGCUCAACUGGGUUAAAUAACAAACCAACAACAAGUCUGAAGAGCUCUUCUGGCCUUGGGUCAAGUCUGUUAUCAUCCAAUUCCGGAUUUCCCCGGCUGGGGCUUGGAUCAAGCAACAGUAACACAGGACAAAGUAAGCCAGGAAUAGGAAUGGGAAGAGGAACAUCAAGUGGAUCUGCACUUGGUACUGGAAGGACCAGUGGUCUAGGAGGUGGUUCGGUCAACGUUGCUCAGCACCUUCUAGAUCUGCAACGUAUCAUCAACCCUAAUUACUCCUAUGACGAGAGACAAGAUCUUGCCAGAAUGCUGGGUUAGUCUGUUGUAAAAUGUGAAAUACAAAAUUGCAAGGGAAUAAAUGUACAAUACUAUAAGAACUAUUCUCUUUAACACUCUGAAAACUAGAAUAUACUCACUUAAAAGAAUAUAUAAACUUGAGCACUUUUUUAAUAUGUAAAAUUUUGAUUCCAUCAUUUGUCUCUGUAAUUGUGUACACUGUGGGAACAAACCCUUUAAAUGUGUGUAUUUUUUAACUUGUAAAUACAGAAGUCUUUGUGCAAUUGUGAUCCGUGUCUUUUUAAUAAACAAAACUACUUGAGAUAUUAGUUAAUUCCCAUCCGGAAGUAAGUGUUUGUCCCUGCGUGCGUCACCUAUUGUGUAGCUAAUGAUCUCCAAACAGCACCUCUUCACGCCCACCAAUGAGUUGAAGACCAGAUUUACUGGCACGACAGUGAAAUUCAUCUACAGUGUUUACAUUUACCUGCCAACGAGUCUGCAGAUGGGAGGAACUGCCAUUAGUAUCCGUGAAAACAAUACCCUGUACUUGACUGUGAAAUAACAUGGAAAUCCACUAGAUAAACAUAAUCCAAAUAUAUCUAGCAAAUGUUAACAGGAGCGGCUAUAUUUGUAUCAAAUGCGUGUCUUUGCCUUUCUUAACAAAACAAAUUACUACUGUUGUUCAAAGAAUUGUUCUGAAUGAUCUGCCAUAGACUUCUACUACUACUAUGAACUUUGCUGUUACAUAUUGAUAGCCUAAUAACAUAAUUAUCUUUGAACUGUUAUUGGGCUAGCUUGCCAUUUUUGGUUGCAUUUCAAGAAAACUAUAAAUAACAGAUUUAAAAAUUAAGUUACCUUGAUUCAUCCUUUUCAGAUUUUCAGGAUUAGGAUGAAGGAGAAACUACUCAGAAAAACAUUUGUCAGCAAGCACAUUGUUAUUAUUAUUUUAACUAUUGUGAAAGUAAAUGGACAAGUGUAAGCAAGUAUGCUAUUUGACGAGGCCCUGUAUUUCGUUGUUUACUUUGACAACAAAUAACUAAUUUUAAGUUUUAGGACAUAUACAGUAUGAUAUUUAAUUUGCAUUAAAACAUGAAAAAUCUUUGAUUUUCUGCCAAAAUGAGACAACUUCACAAACAAGAACACAACACUAUAUGUUUAAAAAAAAAAUUAUGAUGAUGAUAAAAUAUGUAGAAACUGUUCUCACAGAAGGCUGUUAGGUUAAUCUAUUGUUUGCUAUGGUUAUAUUUAGUUAUUAAUGUCAAGAUAAAAUACCAGUACGGUUGCUUUAAUCAAAUGUAUAUUUCUUUGCAUAGAUUUGCUAUCAUCCAGGUUGAACAAAACAACUACUGGACUCUUGUGAAAUGGUAAUUUUCCAAAAACUGAGUUCAUUUGACACUUAUGCUAAUGGGCAAGUCAUUUUUAUCUUUAUCAAAACAUUGUGUAACCACUGUUGCUUCACAAUCAUCACUUCUGCAGUUCAUGAUGAUUUACAGUAUUUGAUUCCAUUUCCGCAACCAUAGACACGAAAUCAAGCAAAAGGUUGAAGUAAAACGUCACUAUAGGAACGUGUAAACAUCCUGUUCAUUCUGCUGUGAGAGGAUGUCUGGAGCCCACUGUAAAUCCCAGUGUGUAUUGUCAUGUACUUUGGCACCAUUUACCGCUUGGAUGAGACUCAAUGCAGAGCUGUUGUCUACAGGCUUUCCUUUGUAUAAUCUCAAGUACUUUUUCACUUAUAGUUGAGAGCGACCACUCCUAGGUCUAGCUGUCACAUAAUAAACGUAUUGACUGCAUUAGAAAAUUGGUUUAAUAUACUGACCAAGACAGUCUUGACUGUAAAUCUUAUUUGCAUGCUGGUCUGUGCAAACAUGGUUCCCUUUCAUCUCAGAAUAUCUUCCUGCAUUGUCAACUCAUCACUGCAUUCAUUCCUCUUUCUCAAUAACACAUGUUGUGGAAGGAAUUUCACUUCAAUGGACAUGUUUUAGUGGGGUGUUUUGGAGAUUAUUCAGGGUUUCCUAUUAGCAGCAAACAUGCUUCCUCAUAAUGUGGGGUUUCAGUGCAGCUGUCACCUAAAAUGCCAUUUGUGACCCUAUGGCUUGACACCUGCAGGCCAGAACCUGGCUUUAAACAGCAACAUCAGCAGUUUCUUGGUUACUUGUGUACGAGUCACUACAUUCGUUUAAUGUAAUGUCAAUUAGACUUCUUUGCUUCAUUGUAUGAAUGAAAAUAUGUCACUCA